UGUUUGUGAUCAGAGCAACAACUACGUUGUCGAUAAGUUUGCAAGGAAUCUGCUGUCCUCUAUGCCGAUGGGUGCAGUGAUCUUGCUAAGAGGAGACUUACCCGGGAAUGCUCUUCGCUACCUUCAUUAUUGCGAAGGGAUGAGGCCAGAUAUCACCUUGGUGGACCAGGAGAUGAUGACUUAUGAAUGGUAUUUACCCAAGCUGGCAAAGCAUUUACCUGGCGUUUAUUUUCCUGGGAACCGGUGGAAUCCUGUGGAAGGAGUAUUACCCGAUGGGACACUUGCUUUUAAUCUCCAUCAUUUCCUCCAAGUAAAUAAGCAUAAGGAAGUGUUUGUCUGCAUAGGCCUUCAUGAAGGGGACUCGACCUGGAGAAGGAGCUAUUCGCUCUGGCCAUGGGGUACGUGCGAAAAGUUGGUUCCUUCCAACGUUGUCUUUGACCCAGAGGAGUGGAUUCAUCUUACAAGAAAUCUCUAUAACUGGACUGAAGACUACGGCAGUUUCAAGCCCUCUUCCUGGGAAGCUGUCGCCAACGAGGAGAUGUGGCAAGCCAGGAUGAAAACAGCUUUCUUUAUAUUUGACCUUGCAGAAACUGCCAGUGUGACUGCAGAAAUUAAAUCACAACUUUACAGAUUUGCAUACAGCUCAUACAAAGAAAUUGUCAACUCUCAUCCAAAUCCCCCGGUGAACUGGCACAAAAACUACGCCAUCGCCUGCGAGAGGAUGUUGCGUCUCCAUCGGGUGGAUGUGGAUCCCGAAGUGUUGCUCUCCGAAACUGUGAAACAUUUCCUUCUGUACACCGAGAAAGCGGAGGACGAUCCCCAGCGGCAGGAUAUUCUGCAGGCUGUGAAGCACCUGAAGAAAGAGCUGCAGGGGCUGAGGAAAAUGAAAGAAGAUCUGAGGCGGCGAGCUGGGUAG